AUGGCGUGCAGCCCUUCUUGCUCCAGCAAGGGCACCAACCCGAGAACCACCAAUCCGCAGAGGAACGCGGGCAGGAAGGCACCGCGACGUGCCCCUGCACCGGUAAUCAAAGCUCCACCGAGGCAGUUGGCUCCCUGGGCGGCACGGACGCAGGUCUUCCGACGAGCCGUGGGCGCACCACCCUCGCCCGGCCGGACCUCCAGCACCACCUCCCUGGGCAGCCACGACCUACCGGAUGCCUUGGCCGCGAGUGUGGCGGUGACGCCUUCAGAGCCCUCUCAGUCCGCCUUCUCGCGGGCGCUGCAUGCCUACACCACUGCUUUGCGGGACCACCCCACCGCGACCAAGGCUGUCACCAGUUUCCUGGGCUUCGGCAUCGGGGAUGCCAUCGCCCAGAGCAUCGGCGCGCCCUUCGACAUCACCCGUAACAUUCGUAUGAGUCUGUAUGGUCUGAUCCUUGAUGGGCCCCUGGGCCACAAAUGGUACCAGAUCCUGGAUUCCAAGGUCUACCCCGAGGAUCCCACUUGUACAAAAGCUGUGUUGAUCAAGACUGCAGCAGAUCAGCUGAUCUGGGCACCGAUUAUGACUGCCGUAUUCUUUGCGUUCUUGAAGACCAUGGAAGGCCACCCCGAGCUCAUUUUGCCCACCAUCCAAGACAAGCUGGUGCGGGUGGUGCUGGCCAACUAUAUGCUCUGGCCCAUGGCACACAUCAUCAACUUCAAGUUUGUCCCCAGCCAGCACCGAGUGCUGUUUAACAACGUCGUGUCGAUCGUGUGGAACACCUUCCUCUCCUUCUCCUGCGGUGACACCACUGACUUCACCACCGACGACGCCGGGGUGGACCCCGUCCCGGGCCUCUCCCACUUCUCCAGUGUGGAGGGGCGGCUGCUGACCAAGCUGCCGUGCGCCAAGCGCCCAGAUGUACUGGACUCGCUGCAUGUGGGCGACCUUGUGCGGCAAACGGCAGCCCUGGAGCGGCUGCUGGGGGCCUGGGGCAUCCAGGGACUGCCGAGCCCCGAUGUGGCCAGCGACCUGCUUGGGCAGUAUGUUGACCUGAAGCAGCAGCUGGUUCGGAAAGUGUGUGGGCUGCCAUUCUGA